AUGCCAGACUCGUGCCACCUGCCAAGCCAGACUCGUGCCACCUGCCAAGCCAGACUCGUGCCACCUGUCAAGCCAGACUCGUGCCACCUGCCAAGCCAGACUCGUGCCACCUGCCAAGCCAGAUUCGUGCCACCUGUCAUGCCAGACCCGUGCCACCUGCCAAGCCAGACUCGUGCCACCUGUCAAGCCAGACUCGGGCCACCUGUCAUGCCAGACUCGUGCCACCUGUCAAGCCAGACUCGUGCCACCUGUCAAGCCAGACUCGUGCCACCUGUCAAGCCAGACUCGGGCCACCUGUCAAGCCAGACUAGGACCACCUGUCAUGCCAGACUCGUGCCACCUGUCAUGCCAGACCCGUGCCACCUGCCAAGCCAGACUCGUGCCACCUGUCAAGCCAGACUCGGGCCACCUGUCAAGCCAGACUCGGGCCACCUGUCAAGCCAGACUAGGACCACCUGUCAUGCCAGACUCGUGGCACCUGUCAUGCCAGACCCGUGCCACCUGCCAAGCCAGACUCGUGCCACCUGUCAAGCCAGACUCGUGCCACCUGUCAAGCCAGACUCGGGCCACCUGUCAAGCCAGACUAGGACCAACUGUCAUGCCAGACUCGGGCCACCUGUCAUGCCAGAAUCGUGCCACCUGUCAAGCCAGACUCGUGCCACCUGUCAAGCCAGACUCGGGCCACCUGUCAAGCCAGACUCGAGCCACCUGCCAAGCCAGACUCGUGCCACCUGCCAAGCCAGACUCGUGCCACCUGUCAAGCCAGACUCGGGCCACCUGUCAUGCCAGACUCGUGCCACCUGUCAAGCCAGACUCGUGCCACCUGUCAUGCCAGAAUCGUGCCACCUGUCAAGCCAGACUCGUGCCACCUGUCAAGCCAGACUCGUGCCACCUGUCAAGCCAGACUCGGGCCACCUGUCAAGCCAGACUCGGGCCACCUGUCAACUCGUGCCACCUGCCAAGCCAGACUCGGGCCACCUGUCAAGCCAGACUCGUGCCACCUGUCAAGCCAGACUCGGGCCACCUGUCAAGCCAGACUCGGGCCACCUGUCAACUCGUGCCACCUGCCAAGCCAGACUCGUGCCACCUGUCAAGCCAGACUCGUGCCACCUGUCAAGCCAGACUCGGGCCACCUGUCAAGCCAGACUCGGGCCACCUGCCAAGCCAGACUCGUGCCACCUGCCAAGCCAGACUCGUGCUACCUGUCAAGCCAGACUCGGGCCACCUGUCAAGCCAGACUCGUGCCACCUGUCAAGCCAGACUCGGGCCACCUGUCAAGCCAGACUCGGGCCACCUGUCAACUCGUGCCACCUGCCAAGCCAGACUCGUGCCACCUGUCAAGCCAGACUCGUGCCACCUGUCAAGCCAGACUCGGGCCACCUGUCAAGCCAGACUCGGGCCACCUGCCAAGCCAGACUCGUGCCACCUGCCAAGCCAGACUCGUGCCACCUGUCAAGCCAGACUCGGGCCACCUGUCAUGCCAAACUCGUGCCACCUGUCAAGCCAGACUCGUGCCACCUGUCAUGCCAGAAUCGUGCCACCUGUCAAGCCAGACUCGUGCCACUUGUCAAGCCAGACUCGUGCCACCUGUCAAGCCAGACUCGGGCCACCUGUCAAGCCAGACUCGGGCCACCUGUCAACUCGUGCCACCUGUCAAGCCAGACUCGUGCCACCUGUCAAGCCAGACUCGGGCCACCUGUCAAGCCAGACUCGGGCCACCUGUCAACUCGUGCCACCUGUCAAGCCAGACUCGUGCCACCUGUCAAGCCAGACUCGGGCCACCUGUCAAGCCAGACUCGGGCCACCUGUCAACUCGUGCCACCUGUCAAGCCAGACUCGUGCCACCUGUCAAGCCAGACUCGGGCCACCUGUCAAGCCAGACUCGGGCCACCUGUCAAGCCAGACUCGUGCCACCUGUCAAGCCAGACUAGGACCACCUGUCAUGCCAGACUCGUGGCACCUGUCAUGCCAGACCCGUGCCACCUGCCAAGCCAGACUCGUGCCACCUGUCAAGCCAGACUCGUGCCACCUGUCAAGCCAGACUCGGGCCACCUGUCAAGCCAGACUAGGACCAACUGUCAUGCCAGACUCGGGCCACCUGUCAUGCCAGAAUCGUGCCACCUGUCAAGCCAGACUCGUGCCACCUGUCAAGCCAGACUCGGGCCACCUGUAAAGCCAGACUCGAGCCACCUGCCAAGCCAGACUCGUGCCACCUGCCAAGCCAGACUCGUGCCACCUGUCAAGCCAGACUCGGGCCACCUGUCAUGCCAGACUCGUGCCACCUGUCAAGCCAGACUCGUGCCACCUGUCAUGCCAGAAUCGUGCCACCUGUCAAGCCAGACUCGUGCCACCUGUCAAGCCAGACUCGUGCCACCUGUCAAGCCAGACUCGGGCCACCUGUCAAGCCAGACUCGGGCCACCUGUCAACUCGUGCCACCUGCCAAGCCAGACUCGGGCCACCUGUCAAGCCAGACUCGUGCCACCUGUCAAGCCAGACUCGGGCCACCUGUCAAGCCAGACUCGGGCCACCUGUCAACUCGUGCCACCUGCCAAGCCAGACUCGUGCCACCUGUCAAGCCAGACUCGUGCCACCUGUCAAGCCAGACUCGGGCCACCUGUCAAGCCAGACUCGGGCCACCUGCCAAGCCAGACUCGUGCCACCUGCCAAGCCAGACUCGUGCUACCUGUCAAGCCAGACUCGGGCCACCUGUCAAGCCAGACUCGUGCCACCUGUCAAGCCAGACUCGGGCCACCUGUCAAGCCAGACUCGGGCCACCUGUCAACUCGUGCCACCUGCCAAGCCAGACUCGUGCCACCUGUCAAGCCAGACUCGUGCCACCUGUCAAGCCAGACUCGGGCCACCUGUCAAGCCAGACUCGGGCCACCUGCCAAGCCAGACUCGUGCCACCUGCCAAGCCAGACUCGUGCCACCUGUCAAGCCAGACUCGGGCCACCUGUCAUGCCAAACUCGUGCCACCUGUCAAGCCAGACUCGUGCCACCUGUCAUGCCAGAAUCGUGCCACCUGUCAAGCCAGACUCGUGCCACUUGUCAAGCCAGACUCGUGCCACCUGUCAAGCCAGACUCGGGCCACCUGUCAAGCCAGACUCGGGCCACCUGUCAACUCGUGCCACCUGUCAAGCCAGACUCGUGCCACCUGUCAAGCCAGACUCGGGCCACCUGUCAAGCCAGACUCGGGCCACCUGUCAACUCGUGCCACCUGUCAAGCCAGACUCGUGCCACCUGUCAAGCCAGACUCGGGCCACCUGUCUAGCUAG